AUGCAUGCGAUUCCGAGUACAUCAAAUAGAAUAUUGUAUGAUGUUCCGUGCGUAGUUUGUAAGGACCAUUCUUCAGGCAAGCAUUACGGAGUUUUUGCUUGUGAUGGUUGCGCUGGCUUCUUCAAGCGUUCAGUUCGACGUGACCGCCAAUACGCUUGCAAAGCUCGCUCACCUGGCGCCUGUCUGGUCGACAAAGCACAUAGAAAUCAAUGCCGCGCUUGCCGACUUACAAAGUGUCUCAACGCUGGCAUGAAUAAAGAUGCUGUGCAACAUGAACGAGGACCUCGUAAUUCUACUAUACGACGGCAAAUGGCACUUUACUUUCGAGAACCUGCCCAUGAUGUAGGGUUACCAACGCCACCAGCUUUAGACUUAGUCUUGACGAAACAGCAACCAAGAAGUGAUGUUCUGCUACCACCCUUGCCUCCACCACCCCCACUGCACCCACUCCCUGCAUUGCCAUUAUACCAUAAUCCCUACAGUUCCAUCUAUAGUGGAAUUAAUUCUUGGCCACAACCUCCACCUCCCGUUUUGCUCUCGAUACCAUCACCUCCUCUUUUAACCCUGCCUACAUCGUCUCCAGAAGCUAUAAGUGACGCCGCAGCAAAGAUUGUCUUCCUUAACGUUAAUUGGGUCAGAUAUGUGCCGGGUUUCGAGAGCUUAUCCUUAACAGAUAAAAGAAUCUUACUUGAAGAGUCGUGGAAAGACUUAUUCGUCUUGGGUCUGGCACAGUUAAUGCAACCAGUUAACUUGAGAUCACUGCUAAUACAGGACUAUCAAAAGAUUGAUACACAAGUUGUCGAUGAGUUCCAGUUAAUCCUUAGUGAUUUGUAUAAAAUUAAUGCUGAUAAUAAUGAGUACUCUUGUUUGCGGGCGAUUUCUUUAUUUAAUUAUAGCCACCUCGCUUCUCAAAGAACAAAGAACUUUGAAGAUUUAGGAGCCAUGUCUUCACUCUCUAGUUUCUACCAACUUUCUCUGCAGCAGUAUGAACUUCGAAUAAACCCAUUAGAUAUUUCCCGAGUUACGAAAUUAAUGCAAAUACUGAGGGACAUAAAAGUAUUGGAUAGUUCUAUCGUAGAAGAGAUCUUUUUUCGGCCAAUGAUUGGAAAUAGUUCUGUGGAAAAACUAAUCAUAGAUAUGUAUACGAGAAAACUAUAA